AUGAAUGAUGCGAAUGUCAUGAAUGAGGCGAAUGUCAUGAAUGAUGCGAAUGUCAUGAAUGAUGCGAAUGUCAUGAAUGAUGCGAAUGUUGUGUAUGUUGUAAAUGAUAUGAAUGAUGCGAAUGUCAUGAAUGAUGCGAAUGUUGUGUAUGUCGGGAAUGAUAUGAAUGAUGCAAAUGUUAAGAAUGUCAUGAACGAUGCGAUUGUUGUAAAUGUCGUGAAAGAUAUGAUUGAUGCGAAUGUCAUGAAUGAUUCGAAUGUCCUGAAUGAUGCGAAUGUCAUGACUGAUGCGAAUGUCAUGAAUGAUGAGAAUGUCCUGAAUGAUGCGAAUGUCAUGAAUGAUGAGAAUGUCAUGAAUGAUGCGAAUGAUAUGAAUGAUGCGAAUGAUAUGAAUGAUGCGAAUGUUGUGUAUGUCGUGAAGGAUAUGAAUGAUGCGAAUGUCAUGAAUGAUGCGAAUGUUGUGCAUAUCGUGAAGGAUAUGAAUGUCGUGAAUGUUGCAUAG